AUGGGAAAUAAAAAGGAUACUCAGAAGAUCAAGGACACCAAGACCAACUUUAGGUGGUCACAACCAAUGCAAAAUUUAUUACUUGAGAUACUUGUAGACGAGGCUCUUCAUGGAAACAAGCAAUCCAACACAUUUAAACAUGCAUCAUAUGCUAAAGUAGCUGAAGCAAUUACUGAGAAAUUUAUGACUGAAUGUACUCCAAAGCAUGUGGAACAUCGCUUUAAAACACUUAAAACCAAUUGGAAUAAAAUUGCAUUACUUCGUAAUAAGAAAAGCAGGUUUGGAUGGAAUGAUGAUUUGAAAAUGAUCACCUGUGAUAGGACAAUGUAUGAUGAAGAAGUUGAGGAUAUGGCUACAGGAGGUUUUUCCAAGGGAGUAGGUGAUAUAGGUGUAGAAGCAUUGGAUGACUCACCUCCGCUUGUUGAUGCUGAUGUUGAUGACAUAUCCAAAAAGAAGUAA